UCCCGUGUUUCCCCGCACAGCGUCACCAACGGCUGCGCGCUCUGGAGCGGCGACGUCCCUUCGGAGCAGCUGGACCGAUACUUCUCUCCGAGCGAGGUGGCAACUCCGGAUGAGGACGACGGCGCUUCUAAGCUCCGGGAACUUCUGGGCUGCCAGAUGCCCACAAUGACUGUCUGCGACAGCAAAGCCACCCUGCAGUUCCGGGACGGCCAGCAGAGCUUGUCAGUUGAUCUGCACAAGGCGCCGCUCUCCGAAGCGAGGAAGCAGCUGCAGGCGCUGGUGUUUGGCCUGGUGGCCCAGGUGCACGCGCUGCAGAAGCGCCUGGAAGAGUACGCGGACGCGGCUCCACCGCCCCUCAGUAGCCCUGAGAAGAACCCCGUGUGGAGCCAGAGCCUCUUCGCGCCAGCCGUGAGCUCCCUGAAGUACCCGGGUGGAGCCAGAGGCAGCCAGACAGCGGCCAAGAGGCGGCUGCCUGGGGAAUCGCUCAUCAACCCGGGAUUCAAAAGCAAGAAGCCACCGACGGGGGUAGAUUUCGAGGAUCCCUGAACGCACCUGGCAGUCUCCAACCUGAACCGCCCAGAGCUGCAUCCCGGCUAUUUUAACUAGUCCUUUCAAAGCGUGUUUUAGAUUUUUUAGUCGAAGGUGGCGCCAGCGGCCCUGGCUGGCGCUUCCAGGCCGUGGUCUUGCACAGACGUAGCAGAGAGGGUGACCCCACGAGGAGGAGCGAGCAGAGGAUGCCCCAGGAGGGCCUUCUGCCCGCAGCCUUGUGGGCAGCUUCUGUGCCCCAUGCCCCACGCAGACCUUCCCUUUAAAUGAAAUGUGCCUGUAGCAAUAAAAUUGAUUUUCUCUCCUCUC